CAACACCACAUCCACCACCUACUCUUCCGCCUCUCGCAUUACCACUCAUCUUCCACCCCAUUGACACGCCUCCCUUCGCCGUUGCGACAUGGCCGAACCCGGCAUGGACGAUGAGGAUCUCUUCGCCGAUCUCUACGAUGGCGACGACACCGCGAAUGACACCCCGGCCCCCGUCGUGAAGCCGGAGGUCGACCCGCAAGAUGCUGCUGAUGCUGCUGCCGCUGCCGCUGAUGACUUUCUCAGCCAGCAGCAAGCCGAGCCCGUCACCGAGACAAACGAAAGCAAUGGCUUCAAGCAGGAGCAGUCAUACGAUCAAGACAUGGGCGGCCAGCAGAACGAGUUCCGAGAGCCGGAGCCUGACAAUCGACCAUUGAUUGGAAGCAAGGAAGAUGGAAAGAUGUUCAUUGGCGGCCUUAAUUGGGAGACGACUGAUCAGUCUCUCAAAGAUUACUUUUCCCAAUUCGGAGAAGUCAUAGAAUGCACAGUCAUGCGCGACGGCGCCACUGGUCGAUCAAGAGGCUUCGGCUUUCUCACAUUCAGAGACCCAAAGACAGUCAAUACAGUCAUGGUCAAAGAACAUUCUCUCGACGGCAAACUUAUCGAUCCCAAGCGUGCCAUUCCCCGCGAUGAACAAGAGCGCACAGCUAAGAUUUUCGUUGGUGGUGUAUCACAAGAUGCUACCGAGCAGGACUUUGAAGCUUUCUUUCAAAAGUUUGGCAGGGUGCUUGAUGCUACGCUCAUGAUGGACAAAGAUACUGGACGACCACGAGGAUUCGGCUUCGUGACUUUCGACAACGAAAUGGCCGUCGAGCGCACACUGGAAGGCCCCCUUGCCAUUCUCGGUAAGCCCAUCGAAGUGAAGCGUGCCCAGCCGCGCGGUAAGAUGGACGAAGAGAAUGCUGGCGGCCGCGGCGGCUUCGGUGGAGGCCGUGGAGGGCGAGGCGGAUUUGGAGGCGGUGGUCGAGGCGAUAGUGGCUUCGGCAACAAUAACAACAAUCAAAUGGCCGCCGCACCAGCCCAGGACGGUAACGCGAACACCAUGACCCCCGCUAUGAUGGCGCAGUACUGGCAGCGCAUGCAGCAGUACUUUGCGCAGAUGCAAGCUAUGCAACAAGGUGGUGGCAUGGGCGGUAUGAUGGGUGGUAUGAAUCCCAUGAUGAUGCAGCAAAUGCAAGCCAUGCGCGCGGGUGGACAGAUGAACCCACAAAUGAUGCAGCAGAUGAUGGCAAUGCAAGGCGGCGGAGGCGGCAUGCAAGGCUCGCAAUCUCCCAUGAACGGCGGAGCUGGACGUGGUGCUCCUAACAAUGGUAAUGGCAAUGGUGGUGCUGGAGGCGGAAACCAGUCAGGAUUCUCAGCCCAAGAACAACUCAUGUUCGAGCAACAGAAGUACGAACGCCAAACCCUGGCUCGCAUGCAAGGUCAAAACUUUGGGGGCCAGAAUACGUGGGAUGGUAUGUACGACGAUGUCCCACCUCCAGACGGCAUGGGACCUGGACCUCAACGCGGCGGCUUCGGUGGCGGUCGUGGUCGUGGCGGCAGACAAGGCUCUGCUCAACCACCCAACCCCAACGCUCCAGUAGGCGCUCCCACAGGUCCCAAGAAUCACGGUCGACCCGGUGCCAACUAUCGUGGCGGUGGACGUGGUGGACGUGGUGGAGGCGGAGGCGGCUAUCAUCCUUAUGCGAGAGGAGGGAAUUAGGAGCACCCACCGAAUCAUCAACAACAUUAUUUGCAGAUGAAUGGCAUGAAUUACAGCAGCAGCGGAGGACCACAACGACAAUAUCUUCACCACAACAACAGUAUGCGAUUUGCCGGCGUAAGCAGCGGUGGAAAUUUGUCGAAGGGAGGUCUCUUCUUUGGUUCUGGUGUUGGUGGUCCUCCUCCUUCGUUUCCUCAUCAUCCUAUCCCGAAUUGCGGUGGAGCCACUGGACCUCCAUUUCAACUUCCAGUUCAACAGCAGCACCAGCAGCAGGAUCCCUCUCUUGGUGGUUACAACAUGGCCUCAAAGAAGAGAUCUCAUCACGGUGGUGGUGGUAGUAGGAAGGCUUCACGACGUAAGAUGCGGGUCGACCUCGACCGACCAAAAGACGAUGGUUGGGCCUGAUGACGAUGAUGAUGAUGGAUACUUUUUUAUUUCACAUCUGCGAUUCGGUUCGUUCGGGCUCUUAUCGGGAAAAAAGAAGAGGGUGGUCGUGAAAAAAAAAGAUCCUACGGCGUUUUGAAAGGAACCAAAUGGCUGGCUGGCUGAAUGAUUAGCUGGUUCACAACGUACCUACCUUCUUAGGUAGUUGAUUGGGCUGCUGAUAGGAUGGAUGGAUUUUGAACAGCGAAGUGUUCUUUAUCGUAGAGAAUUGUUG